CUUUGGGUUCAGACGACUCAGUUGCCUAACGUUUCUGCAGGAGGUCGGGGGUUCAAUUCCCUCUGCGGCCCGUUUUGUUUUCGGAGUGUCUCAUGCGCCCCCCCAAGUUUCAAAACUUUUCCCCCAACAGUGGGAAUUUCCUGUAUGCAAUACGGGGAUCCAUAACUGCGAGAACUCAUGAGCUGCCGCGAUUUUGGUAUAUGAUGUUCAAGGAUGUCAUUGCACUAUCAAGCUGCUGUCUAUUCACAUCUAUUACCUGGGGGCUGAUCAGCACUGAAUGUAAUGGAGAGAACAGAGCAUGCACAGAUUGCCUAGGUAAUGGCACACACCAGACCGAUCAUCAGCCGUUUCGUUGCAUUCGAGCCUCAAGGUUGUCUUUGACGCGCUCGAACCACUCUUCUGCGAGGAUGCUGUACACACAGACAUCCGUGUAUCCCCCAGAUUUGAUAUCAGACCAAGCGGCGCGUCUGGUCCCUUCGAGCACGGCACCAGCCUUCUCCAGCCAUCCCCGCAUCCCCGGAUUGUCCACCGACGUCUGGAACUGCGCGCGAUGGAGCAUUCUCUCCUCGAACGCAUACACCAGGACUGUAUGCAGCGCGUCCGUCGCGAAGCCACCGCGGAACAGGUCGGGGCUGAUGAGGAUCCCGACCUCGCACGACCUGCCGUUGUCGUCGAUAGCGAAGAUGCCCGUUGUGCCGGCAAACACGGAGUACAGCCCCGUCGUCGGAUCCUGUGCGUAGACGUUGAAGUCGACCAGCGAUGGAUCGGGGUGGCGGGACAGCCGGCGCGUGCGCGCAUCGGCGGUCGUGGUCUCGUCAGGCCAGAACCGGAGGUACUUUUUCGUGUCUGAGUGUGAGCGGAGGACAGCCGUGAACUCGUCAUCCGCCUCUGAAGGGGGAACCAGGGCCGUUCGGCCGGUUUUCGAUGGGAUCGUGCGGUCGAGGAUCAUGGUGGGAGAGAAAGAAGAGAAUGAGCUCGAGCGAUGGAACAAGCCAACUGCAUGGUUGUUUGUUGCUUGGCUUCUCCUCGCCCUGACUCGACUGGCUGGCGUCGGAGUUGGUCUCUGAUGCAGACUUGGAGGAGGUGGCAGUGCCUGUCAACAACGCGUUGAUCAACCCUCCAGUUGACCACCACCCACGAUGCCGAAGAUCAAGACGACGAGGACAAAGCGGCCGCCAGAGGGAUUUGAGGAGAUUGAGGCCAUCCUGGACGACUACGCCAAGAAGAUGCGCGAUGCUGAAAACGAGUCACACGAAGGCAAACGCAAAGCCGAAUCUCUCUGGCCCAUCAUGCGUAUCUCUCACACGCGUUCACGCUAUAUCUACGAGCUCUACUACAAGCGGGAAGCGAUCUCCAGAGAGUUGUAUGACUGGCUGCUAAAGGAAGGUUAUGCUGACGCAAACCUGGUCGCCAAGUGGAAGAAGUCGGGGUAUGAAAAGCUGUGUUGUCUGCGUUGCAUUCAGACCAAGGACAUGAACUACCAAGGCUCUACAUGCGUCUGUCGAGUUCCGAAAGCGCAGUUGCGUGCAGGUACCAUCGUUGAAUGCGUGCAUUGUGGAUGUCGAGGAUGUAGCUCCGAUUCAUGACACAGACGGCGUUCCUACGCUCUAACCAUACUCGUAUGGCUUGCAUCUUCUGGCUACUAGUGCCGUUGCUGGACCGGAUGGGGAUCGGGCAGACCCUCUUGGCGGCUUAGUGUAUGAUAUGUUCUGUAAACCAUAUCUUCGACCACUCGCUGUGUAGCUAAUUUCCCAGCAUCGAAAGUGUGUGUGUUGGUCACGGGCAGGCACACUAUUUACAUAUUGACAACCGAUCCGCAGCCCCACUUUGUUGUGGCGGAGUGAUCGGAACGUCGCUUGGCGCGGGUCUGUAUUUAAAACACUCGCCCAACAAUUUGAUGGUCACUCCUCUCCCUCUCUGCGCACAGCUCCGUCAUGGGUUUGCUGGCCGAGCAAGUAGUUCAUGUCGCGAGAAGUCUCACUGCCAGGGCGGCGGCCCCGCAACAGGCUGGCGUUCUUUCUGGCGCAAAUCCCGCAGCCUGGGACGCGGCUGACCCCAUUAAGCUCUGGGUCAUCCAAGUCAUCAUCAUCACGGGCAUGACUCAGAUCCUGGCGCUCAUUUUCGGACGGAUCCGCCAGCCGCGGGUCAUCGCAGAGGUCAUUGGCGGAGUCAUCCUCGGGCCGUCCAUCAUGGGCCGCAUUCCUGGAUUCUCCAAGACGAUAUUCAACACGAACUCGAUGCCCCUGCUCACGCUCACCGGAAACAUCGGACUCGUGUUCUUUCUGUUCCUUAUCGGGCUCGAGAUUGACGUCCGGCUGGUGAAGAAGAACGCGCGUGUCUCCGCUGCCGUGUCGCUCGCGGGUCUGCUUGUCCCAUUGGGCCUCGGUGCUGCGCUUGGCGUGGGCGUGUACCGCGAAUUCACGAACCACACCGUCAAUUUCGGAUACUUCAUCCUGUUCGUCGCUGUCGCCGUAGGGAUCACCGCUUUCCCUGUGCUCUGUCGCAUCCUCACGGAACUCAAACUACUCGAUACGCCCGUUGGAGCGAUCGUUCUCGCUGCCGGAGUGGGCAACGACGUCGUCGGCUGGAUCCUGCUCGCGCUGACAGUCGCCUUGGUGAACGCGUCUACGGGAUUGACCGCGUUGUACGUCCUGCUCGCUAGCGCAGGAUUCGUGCUGUUCCUGCUUUUCCCUAUCAAGUGGGCUUAUCUCGCGCUUGCAAAGCGGACGGGCAGUUUGGAGCAGGGGUCGCCGACAACCACAAUGAUGACCAUAACGUUGAUCAUGACGCUGUUUUCGGCCUUUUUCACCGACAUUAUCGGCGUCCAUGCCAUCUUCGGUGGAUUCCUGGCAGGUUUGGUCAUCCCGCACGAGAACGGGUACGCGAUCUCGAUGGUGGAGAAGAUGGAGGACUUUGUGGCCAUUUUGUUCUUGCCGAUCUACUUUACCUUGUCUGGGCUGAGAACCAAUCUUGGCCUGCUCAACGACGGGAUCACAUGGGGAUACAUCGUCAUUAUCUGCUGUGUCGCCUUCUUCUCCAAGUUCAUCGCUUGCGGGCUCACUGCGUAUGCGGCCGGGAUGUCAUGGCGGGAAUCUGGUGCGAUUGGGUCUCUCAUGAGUUGCAAAGGUCUCGUGGAGUUGAUCGUGCUGAACGUUGGCUACACGGCCGGGAUCUUGGAUCAGCGGACGUUCUCGAUGUUCGUGCUGCAUGCGAUUAUCUUGACUGUCAUGACCACUCCCCUGACAAUAUUCUUCUACCCGGAGCACGCACAGACUCACGAAGGAUCGUACCGGACACCUGUCAAGACCGAUGCCGAGUCUCCACGAUCUGCACCGGCUGACGAACAGCUCAAGACCAGGUUCUCCAUCGUGCUGGAAAAGAUUGAGCAGCUGCCCGCGGCCAUGGCCAUCUCGCAGCUUCUGCAACCGGCAGCGCACUCUCCUCCGUCCUACGUGUCGAGCGUUGCCGAGGAAAAAGCUGUCGAGGCACAUGGCAUAUCUCCUAUUCCGGGGGCAAACGUCAGCAUCGACGCGCUGCGCCUUAUCGAGUUGACAAACCGAACGUCGGCUGUCUUGCGAUCGCAAGAAUCCGAUCAUCUCCUGCACAACGACCCCAUCCUGUCGAUCUUCCGAACCUUCGGGACGCUCAAUCGCCUUUCCGUAUCUGCGGCAUUGUCCGUCGUGAACUAUGAUGAGUUCCCUGAUGCGAUCGCGCAGCAUGCCCGGAACGCCGACUCGCAGAUGGUUAUCCUGCCGUGGGCGCGGGGGGCGACGUACGAGGAGGACGGCGCGAAGAAUCCGUUCGACGGGGUAUUUAAUCGAUCGGGAUCGCAGGACCAGACGAGCUCUGUCGUGUACUCUGAGUUCAUCCGCAAGGCGUUCUUGCACUCGCCCACCGACGUUGCACUGUUUGUUGAUCGUGGAUUGAGCUCGGGUGCCCCCGGCGAUCAUUUCCUCCUACUUCCGUUCCUGGGCGGGCCCGAUGACCGGCUGGCGCUGUCGUUUUUGGUCCAGUUGUGCGCCAACUCGAAUGUGCAGGGCAAGGUUGUGUGGAUCUCCAAGAUGGAGGGCGGAUCGUUCGUUGCUGGCGGUGAAGCCACACAUGCGACGAUGGCUGCUGCGGACACCGUCUACGGCCCGCACACGACCCAGACGCGGAUCGUAUCAGACACCGCCGACAACGUGCUUUGGGAGCGUUUCUCCGCCUCGCCCCGCCUGAUCUUUUCGAAAGAAUCGAGUCCCCGGCCCCUCGCUCGCAUCGCGGAACUGGUGCAGGCUGAGAUCGCCGUGCGCUCGAAUGCGAUCGUUUUGCUCGGGCGGUCCCGCCGGAUGGCGGUGGAAUCGCACGCAGCUGAGCUCCAGGCAUUGACCAGCAGUAAGGGCGCCGUCGUCGGCUCGUCUGUUGCCAAAACUCUGGGAGACGUCGGCGCCGCUCUUGUGGCUUCGGGAACGUCCGCCAGUCUUUUGGUUCUGCAGGCUGCGGUGGCUUCGAAUUGAUGAGGGUGAACAAGAUAAGACGAGGAUAACGGUGUUGAUGAUUAUGAUACCUGAGCAUCACUAGUACGAUCUAUUCCACGGUUCCAUUAUUGUAAAGUAUGUACACCCCCUAGGGAAUGCGAAUCGCGUAACGAGAUACUGUAUCUGCUUCGAUCGUCUUACGGGGUCAGCUACAUAGAUAUACUUCCUCCCCGCAGGUACAUUUGUCGACGAUGCCUGGGCUCUGGGAGACCAUCGAGCCUUGGACCCCCAGACGUCGGCUGCUCAGGUCUUAUUGACUGACUGGCGUUAAGUUUCAUGAUCAUUAAGUAGAGUCCAAUCUCCAAAAUCCCUAUUCUAUUACCGUAGUAGGAAAGCGAUCACCUAGGCAGCCGAGCCCCAUCUGCAUCCGACUCCGGAUGCAUCAGCUCAAACUUGGCUCCAUUGUUCAGAGCGAUCGACGAGGGAUCCACUGCAGGUUGUGACUGGACCAUCCGAUCGCGCACGAGAGCAACGACACCAGCCGGAUCCUCGUUCUCGCUCAGCAGUGCAGGGAAAUCUUCCCGCUGUUUCGCAAGAAGCGAGUCGCGCUGGAAGACAUGGAGCAGGCCGAUGGGCGACAAGGGUCGGCGGCCUGCCCAGUUCAUGAGCAAGAAACUUUGCAUCGAAGUCACGAAUAGACUCACCGAGCCCAAAGUGCAGAAUCCCAGCCCCGAAGAACAGCGCGAACAGGCCGUUGGCAAAGACCCACAUGCCGCCCGCCAGACCGAUCCCGCCCAGCGCUGAAUAGUCGCGGUGGUCUUCAGAGUACGACAUGACGUAUGGGUAGGGCUGCAGCAGUGUCAGCUGUGCGGUGCGCGGAUUCGUGAUGGCGGGGUCGGCGGUGAGAUUCUGCUGCAGAGCCGUGAUCGUUGGGAAGAACCCGUACGUAUAGCGGUUUCU